CGUUCCCGUCUCCCUCACCAAACUGCUGCAUAGUCCGUCCAUCCACACGCCUCCUCCCUCUCAUGGCCUCCACCACCACCGCCGGCGACAGCCACAGCCUCCCGUCGUCCCCUGCCACGUCACCCUCGGUCUUCCUCGACGACCACCCGAGCUUCCUCCGUUCGCCUUCCUCCACACCCACCUUCCUCGACCAGAUCGCGCCCUCCUCCUUCUACCUCCCCGGCGUCGUCCCCGAUGCUGCCGGCGCGCGGGAGUACUCCCCACCGCUAGGUCAGCUGGCCCAGGCCGCCCGCAAGCCGACUCGGAAGCGGCCCAGGGCGUCGCGCCGGCCGCCCACCACGGUGCUCACCACCGACGCCUCCAACUUCCGCGCCAUGGUGCAGGAGUUCACCGGCUUCCCCGCCCCGCCGCCCCUCUCGUCGUGCCUGCCGCCCCAUCUCCUCUCCGGCGGUGCGCUCUUGCCCUCUGGCUCCGCCGCGCCGGCGGCGUUCCAGCCGACGCUCGCGUCGUCCCCGACCACCAACGCCACUUCCCUAGUGCUCGACGCGCUCGCUCUGCUCGCCAAGACCAAAGCCAUCGCCGCCGCCGCCGCCGCUGCACCGCCCAGCUCGGGCUCCGAACUGUACAGCAGCUACGGCCCCGUGCUCGCCAGGGCCAUCCCGUUCGACGACGGCUUCGAGGUAGCAGACGGCGAGAGCACCGGAGCCGGCGGCGGCCACGGGCUCUUGUCAUCUACCACGCCGUACGCCGGAGAAAGGCGCUACUAAACUUCCGUCCAUACCAAGUUAGCUGUGUACUGAAGAAGACAAGAUUCUUAAGAUUUUAACUAAACUUGUUGUGACUAAUUUAUUUUGGUAUUAUCUUCAUACUGUGUAAUACUGUAAUGUGUAUAUAGGGUUCUAGCUGGUUAAUUAACAUCGUAUUAACAUCGUAAGUAUAUCCUAAUUGUCUAUUUAGCAUCAAAGCUAGCAUCAGAACAUUUGCUUCAUUAUGAGGGGCGAUGCUUACAUAUUGUAAUAGUGUAAGAGCAUAAGAACAGGUAAACAAGCUCGAUGAUUUGACCUUAAUUUGGGUUUAUGUUAUGUACCUAUGGAGCGAGGUAUGUUUGUUUCUCAAAUGGAAAAGGUCUAUUGAACC